UUUCUGCAGUGGUUUUUUCAAGUCAGCAAUGUACGAUUGACAAAUUGCUGUGCUGUUAAUUUAUUUUUAUUAUAUUUCCUUAAAUUUGGAAAAAUGAAAAAUUUAUUGAUUUUAUUGUGAACCACUUAUAAAAUGUUUGAUUUUACUUGAGAAACGAGCAAGUGUGAAAUUAACAUCGAAAGUGCAAAGGAAAAGUGUUUUUGCAGUGUGGUUUGGGGAAAGUAUGCAUGAAAAGAUUUGAUCGACAAAGGAAAAUCAAAGAGUUGAGUGGCGGAUUGUGUUUGUCUCGAUUUUUAAGCUAAUAGGAAAGGUGUGGAUUCGUAAACAUAGCGGUUGAAAAUUUUUGUUGGUGCAAGGACGGAAAACUGAAGUCUGAACUUCUAUGGUGAAAAUAUAAAGUCUGAAACAACUAACGAAAAAGAAUCAGAUAAAAAGGGGAAGUAGUUCAGCAUAGUGGCUGUCGCUGCUUAUCUUGUGAUUGCAGCGACCAGCACAACCAAAAAAUAGCUAAGCAGCUUUAAUUAUAUCAAUUCAGAAGCACCUCUAAGCUGUUGACGUUUCGAGAUGUCGAGUCGCAGUCGCGCAAUACUUAAUGUAAACCUCGAUGCGGCUAUGGCCAACGAUCCGUUAAGAGAGCUCUUCGAAGCAUGUAAAACUGGAGAUAUCGCAAAGGUAAAGAAACUAAUUACGACACAAACGGUGAACGCGCGGGAUACUGCUGGACGCAAAUCGACUCCUUUGCACUUUGCAGCAGGUUAUGGUCGCCGCGAGGUAGUUGAAUUUCUUCUUAACAGUGGCGCUUCCAUACAGGCCUGCGACGAAGGCGGUCUACAUCCAUUGCAUAAUGCCUGCUCAUUCGGGCAUGCUGAGGUGGUGCGAUUACUCUUAAAAGCCGGCGCAAGCCCUAAUACAACAGACAAUUGGAAUUACACACCCCUCCACGAGGCGGCCAGCAAAGGUAAAGUGGACGUUUGCAUAGCGUUGCUGCAGCACGGUGCCAAUCCGAAUAUACGUAAUUCGGAGCAAAAAACGCCACUGGAAUUGGCCGAUGACAACACACGCCCCGUGCUAACGGGCGAAUACCGUAAGGAUGAGUUGUUGGAGGCGGCACGUUCCGGUGCUGAGGAUCGUCUAUUGGCGCUACUCACGCCGCUAAAUGUAAAUUGUCACGCCAGCGAUGGUAGACGCUCGACGCCACUGCAUUUGGCAGCCGGUUACAAUCGCAUUGGUAUUGUGGAAAUAUUGCUGGGAAACGGCGCCGAUGUGCAUGCCAAGGACAAGGGUGGUUUGGUGCCAUUACAUAAUGCUUGCUCGUAUGGACACUUUGAGGUGACCAAACUGUUGAUCAAGGCGGGCGCUAAUGUGAAUGCCAACGAUUUGUGGGCGUUUACGCCGUUGCAUGAGGCGGCGUCCAAGAGCCGCAUCGAGGUGUGCAGCCUGUUGCUGAGCAAAGGCGCCGAUCCGACGCUGCUCAACUGCCAUAACAAGUCGGCCAUCGACUCGGCGCCGACGCGAGAGCUGCGUGAACGCAUCACAUAUGAAUUCAAAGGUCACUGUGUAUUGGACGCAUGCAAAAAGGGUGAUCUCGCACGUCUAAAGAAAUUUCUCUCUUCCGAAAGUGUUAACUUUGUACAUCCAUAUACGGGCGAUACACCACUGCACGCUGCCGCCAUUACCAUUGAUCCGAAACGCAAACAGAUAGUUGAAAUACUUAUACGCAAAGGUGCAUUACUGAAUGAGAAGAACAAGGCCUUCCUUACGCCACUACACCUCACAGCCGAGCACUUACACUACGAUGUGAUGGACACAUUGUUAAAGAAUGGCGCCAAAGUGAAUGCCUUGGAUGGCCUUGGUCAAACUGCUUUACAUAAGUGCGCCAGAGAUGAACAAGCCGUGCGUCUACUACUCUCAUAUUCCAUUGAUGCAACCAUCAUUUCGCUCGAGGGUUAUACAGCUGCACAACUAGCCUCAGAUGCGGUGCUGAAGAUAUUUAAAGAUCCCCCAGACACGGAAACACAUCUGUUGGAAGCUGCCAAGGCAGGCGAUCUGGACACGGUACGUCGCAUAGUGCUCGCCACACCGCACACGGUGAAUUGCCGCGACCUCGAUGGACGUCACUCCACACCGCUGCACUUUGCCGCCGGCUUCAAUCGUGUGCCAGUGGUUGAGUUCUUAUUGGAACACGGCGCAGAAGUGCAUGCCGCCGACAAAGGUGGCUUAGUGCCACUACACAACGCUUGUUCGUACGGUCACUAUGAGGUCACGGAGCUGCUGGUGAAGCAUGGAGCCAAUGUAAAUGUUUCGGAUUUGUGGAAAUUCACACCGCUUCAUGAAGCAGCCGCCAAGGGGAAAUAUGAUAUUGUCAAAUUGUUGUUGAAACAUGGCGCGGAUCCAUCGAAAAAGAAUCGUGAUGGUGCCACGCCGGCUGAUUUAGUCAAGGAAUCGGAUCACGACGUAGCGGAAUUAUUGCGCGGCAACUCAGCUCUAUUGGACGCUGCGAAGAAGGGUAAUUUAGCGCGUGUACAACGUCUGGUCACGCCGGAGACGAUCAAUUGUCGCGACGCACAAGGACGCAAUUCAACACCAUUACACCUGGCGGCCGGUUACAAUAACUACGAAGUCGCCGAGUAUCUGCUUGAAAAUGGCGCCGAUGUCAAUGCACAAGACAAAGGUGGUCUAAUACCACUGCAUAACGCCUCAUCCUAUGGGCAUUUAGAUAUUGCAGCGCUCUUAAUUAAACACAAGACUGUGGUGAAUGCCACCGAUAAGUGGGGCUUUACGCCGCUACACGAAGCCGCGCAAAAAGGACGCACACAACUAUGUGCGCUACUGCUAGCACAUGGCGCGGAUCCCUAUAUGAAGAAUCAAGAAGGACAAACACCAAUCGAAUUGGCUACUGCCGAUGACGUGAAAUGCUUAUUGCAGGACGCGAUGACAACAUCAUUGGGCGACUCGACACUGAGUUCCUCACAGCAAUCACUCCUCAGAAAUUCUCCAUCACCGGCGCCAACAGCGACUGGUGCAGCAGCCGGUACAGCCGCAGCCAGCGCCGGUAGCUUGACUGCCGCAGCGGCAGCCUGUAAUGUGCUUUCACCAACCACUGAGACCGUAACACUGCCUUCUGGUGCAUCGAUGACCCUUAGCGUGCCAGUACCGUUGCCGCUGUCAACACGCAUUAGUCCCGCACAGGGCGCUGAGGCGAACUCAGGUGAUUUGACGAGUUGCGAAGAGGUGCCCGAUCCGGAGUCCAUCACCAAUGUGGCCAGCUUCUUAUGCAGCCAACAGCUGGAGCAUCUGAUAGAUCUCUUUGAGCGUGAGCAAAUCACGCUGGAAAUACUAGCCGAAAUGAGUCAUGAGGAUUUGAAGCAAGUGGGCGUGUCAGCGUAUGGAUUUAGACACAAAAUAUUGAAAGGUAUUGCGCAGCUGCGCGCCACUACAGGCAUUGGUAGCAAUGUCAAUCCAGGCACUCUUUUAGUGGAUCUCUUGCCCGACGAUAAGGAAUUUCUCGCGGUUGAAGAAGAAAUGCAGGCUACUAUACGCGAACAUAGAGACAAUGGUCAAGCGGGCGGUUACUUCACGCGCUACAACAUUAUACGCGUUCAAAAAGUACAGAACCGCAAACUUUGGGAGCGUUACGCACAUCGACGCCAUGAAGUCGCUGAAGAGAACUCCAUACAGGCCAAUGAACGCAUGCUCUUCCAUGGCAGCCCCUUCAUCAAUGCAAUCGUGCAGAAGGGCUUUGAUGAGCGCCACGCCUAUAUUGGUGGCAUGUUUGGAGCCGGUAUUUAUUUUGCAGAGCACAGCUCAAAGAGCAAUCAAUAUGUGUAUGGUAUUGGUGGUGGCAUUGGUUGUCCCUCGCACAAAGAUAAGUCCUGCUAUGUUUGUCCAAGACAACUCCUCCUGUGCCGCGUCGCAUUGGGUAAAUCGUUCUUGCAGUAUAGCGCCAUGAAAAUGGCACACGCGCCGCCUGGACAUCAUUCGGUUAUUGGUCGACCAUCGGCAGGUGGCCUGCAUUUCGCCGAGUACGUGGUCUACAGAGGCGAACAGGCCUAUCCCGAGUAUUUGAUAACGUAUCAGAUUGUCAAACCCGAUGAUAACAGUAGCGGCAAUGAGGAAUCGAGAUGAUGGCCAUCAGUUGGUUCCACGCCCACUACAACAUCGCCUGCACAACAGCAACACCAGCAUCCACAGUUGCAACAGCAAUUGCAGCAACAGCUAACGCAACAACAACCUCAGCAGCAGCAACAACAACAACCACUACCACAACAAAAACACCACAAUACGAUAAUAGCAACAACACAUCACACACAUCCGCAACCGAAAUUGCAACAGCAGCAUUCACUGCCACUGCAACUGCAGUAUCAUCAUCACGCGCUUAACCAGCAACAACAGCUGGUCACCACCACACAGCCUUCACCGGCUGGCACAUUCAUCACACAAGCAGCCGGACUUGUAACGACCGUCGCCAAUGGUGGCGAUAUGUUAAGACAUAGCGGCGAUAUGUCACCACUCUCUUCCACGAAUUCCUUUUCAUCGGUGGACACCAAUCAAACGCUACUCAACUCGAUUGCCAACCAAACGCAACUGCAGUUUCAAUAUCACCAGCAGCAGCAGCAGCAACAACAACAACAACACCAAAAGUCAUCACAUAUGCUGCCACAAUUGCCGCCGCCACCAUUACCACCACCGAACAACAACGGUAGUGGCCACAUUAAUCGACAUGUCGCUAGCAAUCGUUCGUAUCGCACCAAAUACGGACAAUUCAUGAUCAUCACACCGGCCGUCUCCAUUGAUCGUGACUACGAGCAUGAUGAAGCAUUCGGCAGUGGCGGUUCCGCUGCAGCCGCCCUAACCAAUAAUUUCGAUUUCGAUGAAGAUGCCUAUUGCAAUGACAACAACAGCAAUGCCAACGGUAAUAAUAGCAACAGCAAUAACGGCAAUAUCUUUCGCAUGUCGCUACUGCAACAUAGCAGCAGCAUUGACAGUGGCAACAGCAGCGACAGCUCAUUCCGCUCCAACUACAAUCCAUAUUUGCAUCAUAGUCGCCAGCAUUUGUUGCCCAAAACAGCGCCACACUUCUACACAUUCUCCUCGUGGCGUUGGUGUACGCUCAUUUGUGCGGCAAUGCGCUGCUUUGGCGGCGGACACAGUUCGAAUGCGCCGUACAGCAGCAGCUUUGCGCGUCCACCCUAUCAACGUUCGCGCAGUUCGGGCGCACAAACGACCCGUUCCUCGCAGCCGCAUCGGCGCUUGCGCUCCUCCUCGUUCACGGCCGAAACGGCAUUCGAGCAUUUCUCGGCACCGUUUAAGGCGCGCAAAACGCGCGAUCAUCUCAACAACAUCACAUACGAAUUGUGACGGUGGCGGCAGCAGCGCGCACGACGACAACAACAACAAUGUCAAUUCGUAAUUACGCCAAUAGACGCGCGGUUGUUGGCGUUGGUGGUGGCAAUUGCAAUUGUAUUUGCAUUACGAAUUCGAACAAUUCGAACGACUGCAUCGCAGCAAGCGUUUAGAGCAUUUUUUGAUCUCCUAUACGUAUUUCUAUUCGAUUUGCUGUUCGGCGUAAAGACAAAGCCAUAUGACAGCAGCAAUACGCUUAACGUCGCGUGCACAGUGUCGUCGUAUUCCAAUCUUAAAGUUUAUAAUUAUUAUUAUUACAAUUAUGAUUACAUAUUAUGAAACAAAGAAAACUAUUACACUCUUACAUUUACUCCAUAUUUCGUGUACUUUUAACUUAUAGUCGUCGUCGUGUUAAAAAAACAAGAAAAAUUUACAAACAUACAUAUAUAAAAUAUAUUAGCAUGUAAGCUUUAGGUAGCAACGUUUCGGCAGUACGAGCAUAGAAUGAAGAAAUCGAUUGAAAAAAUGAAUUACUAUAAAAUAAAAUGAAUAAUGAAAAACAAAAAACGAAUUGAAACCAUAACGGCGAAGCAAUGAAAUCAAAAGCAGCAAAGCGAAGUCGUAACGUUUCUCUAAAUAAUCAGGCGACAAAUAGCGUUCACAUUUGUUCCAGUGCAUACAUACAUAUAUAAAGAUGAGGAGCGCGGGUGCUUAAAAUGCUGUCUUCGAAAAUAAUUUAUAAAUUUUCUUAAUUGGUUUUCGAAAUGGGCAAUACCAGCAGCAGUAUCUGGGGAAAACAAGAGGAGAUCAAGAAAAACAACUGUAUUUGUUUUAUAAAUUGUCGUGGAAGCACGUAGUAAUGGUCGAAAAUGACCGAAAAGUACAGAGUUUGUCCGGAAAGUAAUAGGACUGAUUUUCAUCCGCCGCGACUAUACUUCGGAGCGUGCGCGCACCGACUGGAUUCGGUAGAGAGCAUACCUAGCUAACGAACGGCUACGAAGCUUCGGCUGGUCAGUUGUCUCCGAGCACCUGGAGAGUCAGGACAAAGAUUUUCGAACGACGUGUUUCUGUGAGUGGUGGAAGCCGAAAAUGCAGCGUACGUUAGAGCAGAGGUACACGAUUAAAUUCUG